GCUCAUGCGACAAUGCAGGUGCUGGAUCUUGGAAGGCUUUCAUGAGAGUGGACCAACUUUGAAUCCCGUCGUUGCCGUCAAGUACUUUGACUCCGUCAUCGAGGUGCUCGAAUGGGGCCGCAGGACCUGGAAAGACGUGCCUAAGGCGGUCCGUGGAGACAUAUUCGAGGACACAUUCUUCGUUGGAGUGAAGUCUUUGAGACUCGAUGCCUGUAUUGCCGUGAGUGAUCCUGU